AUGCGGACUCUCGCUAAAUUUCUUGACGACUUUGAUUACUUUGACUUUUUACGUCCUUUCUCUCUUGGCAAAUACGCGCUGCUUUUGAUGGUACCCUUAACUUGGUCUUGCGUCGUGUUUAGGAGUCAUCUGGAUCCUCUUCCUCUUUUAGCGAAUUCGUUACCACUACUACUGCGUAGGUUUCUGAGACCUGCGAAGACGAUUACGUGGACGUGGAAUGGAUCGAUCUGGAGUUCGGUUUGGGAGUUUGUACGGUCGUUCUUUCGGAAGGAGAGCCCGUGUAAGACGUAUGAUACCCCUGAACAGGAGGAUGCUUAUUGGAGGAAUGCUGAGCUUGGACAGAAGGAACUGUCCUUCUCCGAUGCUCGAUUUGGGAAGGGGAAAUCUAAUGGACCUUGGAAUUCUCGAGGAGAGAAGCCGAUUGUGUACUAUGUACCUCGACUUCUACCGGAAUAUAGAGAGAAACGGGGAAAGCGUGACGAUCAAGUAGAAUUUAACGUUCCGGCGAAGUCCGUUGUUAGAUGGCAUUGGCUUGUCUUUCCUGGUGAUCCUCACCCUACGUUUGUGCAGGCUUCUCGUUUAGUGCGGUAUCUCAGUACCCGAGAUCUUCGACAGAUGUAUCACAUCUCAAAAUUUGGACGGAAGUUGCAAAUGCGUUCGAUCAACCGUGAUGCACCCUGCUGUCCGGCUAAGCGGACUAGAGGAGUCAGAAGGAUACCUUCUACAGGCCAGGUUUCCAAUGCCAUGUAUAAGGAACUCUGGCGAGAGUGGCUCCAAAAUAAACCAUCAGAUCCAAUCAUUUGUUUCGAGGAUGAAGACUAA